CUCCCGAAAAACGAACUAUAUAUGUUGUAAAAAUUAAAGUAAUUUAAUAUUUUGAAAUUAUAGUUAAAAAAACUUAAUAUCAUAACAUCCAAAAAAUAUCCUAUAUCAAUAAAAUUUAAUAAAACAAUAUGAUAGAUGCUACUAUGUAUAAAAUUUACUAAAAUAAUAGGGUUAUAUUAUUUAAACAAAACAAUGUUUUUACUUAUAAAUCCUGUAAGAUACUAAAAAUGAAAUAUGUUAAAGUAUAUAAAAUAUAAUUUAUCUUAAACAUAUAUAUUUUAUAUAAUAUAAAUAAAUAAGUUUUUAAAAUUUAUCAUAUGCAAAAUGUAUAACUUAAAGAAAAAAACAUAUUUUGAAAGAGGUUUUUGUUUGAUUAUUUCAUAUUGUUAUUUUAUUAAACCUAACUAGAAAAUAUAUUUGUAACAAAUAAAAAUUAAUAAAAAAGUAAAAUGUAUUAAACAAAUCAUUAUAUGUUUUAUUUACACAAUAUAUAACACUAAAAUGAAAAUUAUAUAUUUAAAAGAUUUGUAAUAAUAUCAAAUACAUUUAUAAAAUGAAAAAAAAUCUGCACGGAUGUGUGGGUCAAAAUCUAGUUUUCAAUUAAGUUAAUGAAAUCAGUUGGAAAAAAAAUGUAUUAGUGCAUAUAUGUCUUAAGCCGGCACGCGCUUUGGAUGGAUGAUCGAAUAUAAAUCAUUUGUGGACUUUCAGUUUUUUUUUUUUUGACAUAGACUUUGGAUGUGCGGGUCAAAAUCUAGUUUUCAAUUAUCCAACCUGCUUAUGGUGAUCUCAUUGUAUAUUUGAUUGUUUGAACAUUGUUAUAUGCCCACAUACCCGUAAUAUAUAGUUGAUUUAUUAAAUGUUGACUUGUUUAUUUAUUUUUUUUUUUUUGUCAACAACAAACAGACUCAUAUAGACUCUGCGAACCAAUCCGGAAGCUCUGCAUCCAUAUGAACGAUGAAAGACGAUUGUUUUCUGGCACAUCGUGCUAGACUAUCCGCCUUUUAAUUUUCCGUCCGGGGUACAUGAAUGAUCUCUGAGCUAGUAAAACAUGUCUUCAGUAGCUUUAUGUCCUGCAGGUAAAUGUUGACUUGUUUCAAAUAUUAGGGGUGGGCAAAAAAACCGAACCGAACCGAUCGAAUCGAACCGACUGAACCAAAACCGAUUCGAACCAAACCAAAGUCCAUUUCAAAUUUUUCAGUUGAGAUUUUUCUAACCCGAACGGUUCAGUUCAGUUUGGUUUAAACCGAACCGAACCGAUAAACCGAAGUGUUUUUAUAGUUAUUUAAAUUAAAAAUAUUAGUAAUAUCAAGAUAUUAAAAUCCUAAUAUUAAGCCCACGUAAUUUCCUUUUGCACGAAGGAAAUCCUAAUAUAAUUUGAUUUCCAUGACACUUCGUCUAACUUUUGUAAUAUUCAUCAUUAAGCCCACAUUAUUUCCAUGUUAAUUUUUUUCAAUAGCGUAUACUUUUAAACCCUAAAAUUAAAACCUAAGCCAAGUCUAAUUAAAUUGAAUUUAAUUUACAUACUUAAUUUUUGAUUAUGUCCAACGCGAUUAUUUCAUGACAACCAUACAUGUAUGUAUUGAAACAUGAUUUCUUGUACAAUAAAUAAACUAAGAGAAAUUCGAUUAAACCGAACUGAACCGAAAUACAAACCGAAUUGAAUACAAGUCAAACCGAAUAUAAACCGAACCGAACAUAACUGAACCGAAAUCGAUCCAAACCAAACUAACUAUGGUUUACUUCAGCUGGAAAAAUUCUAGAACCGAACCAACUAAACCGAACCGAACUCAAAUCGAACCGAUAAAAUAACCGAAGUGCCCACCCCUAUCAAAUAUGAUCAUUUAGUUUUAUGGUCAAGCAAAUAAAGUAGUUAAUAAGUUUUUGUUUUCUUUCAGGGAAAAAGUACGUAAUCAAAGAGAAAAUGUCACAUUUAUUAAUUUUGUUAGUACAUUUGAAAAUUCCUUUGCAAUUUCUUGUAUCUUUAAUACACCAAUAAAAAUGUUUAGGCUAUCCCAUAACCUUCUAUACAUUUUCUAAGUUACGAUAACUUAGGUCUAUAAAAAAGAACACCAAAAGUCCUAAUUUUGUAUCACGGUCAGUUUCAAGAAAAUAAAAAUUUAAAGAAACAAUGAAAAGUUACAUUAUCUCUAUUAUUAAAAGACAAGUUAGAAAAUAUCUCUUAGUUUUUAAAAGUUAAUUACACUUCCAUGCCAGUAAAAAUUAAAUUUAAUUUCUUAUUUUAAUGUUUGUUUUUUUCAGUUAGAUUAAUGUGUUUUCCUUAUUCAAAUAUAAACUUAAUGUCAUUAAAUGAACCUACAUAUUUUAAUGUUUUUAUUUUCCAAUUAAAUUAAUGAUUUUUCCUUAAUAAAAUUUAAAUUUAAUGUCAUUAAAUAAACGUAAAAAUACAUCAUAUUUAACGUAGCUUAUUACGGACGAGUACAUCCCAAUAAUGAACUUGAAUUUUAUUUUUACGAAAACGUGAAUCACUUGACAUAUGUAAUAUUUAAAAUAUAUUAACUACAAUAUAACAAAUGCAUAUAACCUAACUAUAUUUUAGUUUGAAAUGAUCAUGCUCAAGUUUUAUAGAGUCAACUUACAUCAUGCAUCUAUCGAUGUACAAUAUUCAAACCGCCUAUAGUUUUCGUUUUCUUUAUAGGAUGUAUCAACCAACCAAUCAUCCUAUUGAUUUUCUAAUCUUUAUAAAAAAACAAAUCAAUAAAUACAAACUCAAAAUCCAAUAUCUUUUAUUAAUCAAAACAUAAUAUCUUCAAUGUCGUAUCUUUAAUGUACAUAUUAAAUAUACAAACUGUAACCAUAAUUCCACUAAUUAUAAUAAUAGAUUUGAUUCCAACCAAUUGAUCUAUUACUUUGUUAACUGAUUUGAUUGCAGAAGAGGAAACAAUAAAUUUAAAAUUUGCAAGAAUAUAAAGAUAUAGAGAUUCCAACCAAUUGUCUAUAUUUGCGUAUGAUUUUCGCAUAAUAAGCUUCAAAUUAAACAUUGAAAAAGAUAGAGAGAUUUUUUUAAUCUUUUACCGACACAGAACUUAAACAAAACGAAGAGUUAAAGGUAAUUUAUUUUUGUUACACUUCCCGGAAAAAACGGUUACAACAUGGGCUUUCAUAAUACGACCUUUUAACAUAUUAAUGUUAUGGACAUUUAAUAAUUAUCUUGACGAAAAACAAAGACUAUAAAUAAUUUAUAAUAAAAUUAUGAAAUUAUUUACAAUUUGAUGACUAAUUCAUCGCCCUUUUUAUAUGUUAAUUUUUUCAUAGAAGUUUAAAAAUCAUUGUAUUUUCUUUAAACAUGUAUAACUGAUUUAUAAUCUUUUAUGCCAUGCUAAGUCGUGAUAUAAUAUUUCUUCAUAUUUUACAUUAAUAACCAUUGUUUUUAUAUAUCAUCUACAAUUCUCUAAUUACGUCUAUUUGUUCAAUUUUUUAUAUGAUAUUGAAUAUUCAUCGUAAAUAGAUGGUUUAAGAUGCCAAAAAAUAUUUAGUUGGUGAAUAUAAUACAUCAAAUAUUACAAAUACAUCAUUUAGUUAAAUAAAUAACCAAAAAUCGAAAAUUCAUACCCGCGCGGGUCAGGAUCUAGUUGCUCUUAUUGUAUGCGGUUGCUUCGCAAUAAUCGUGGUUGGUCUCAUCUUAUGGUGUCUUCAGAACCGCAAAAAGAAAAAGCGUGGUCUCCUUCACCUCCUCCGCCAGUAAGUGACGUUGAAAAAUGUAGAAGCAGUGUCGUUCCAAGAGAUGGGGGGCUCCUUGUUUUGACAGGAACUGCUGUCACCACACCUGUUGUAGCUGCGGCUGUAAUCAGGGGCGGACGUAGGUGAAGACGUACGGGGUCACGUGCCCCGUCUCUUUUUCAUUUUCCUUGCAUAAUGUAUACAACUCAUGCAAUACUCCUCUAAACCUACAACUAAAUCUGAUGAAAUAAAAUUAUGUGCCCCCGUCCAAAUGGCCUCCUACAUCCGCCACUGGCUGUAACCACCGGGAUAUCUAAAGACAGUAGUGGUGGCUCCGGUGGCGAUGAAGGUGGAGGAGAGUGUGAUGGUGGUGCAAAUGGCGGAGGGUUGUUGUGGUUGUGGCGGUUUUGGCGGGCGUGGCGGGUGUGGAGGUUAAAGAUCUUAUAUCGUUAUUAGUUAUGUAAUAGUUAAGUUAUAUUUGCGUGUGGUAUAUUUAUGUGCCGAUAACAUAUUUUGCAUGUAAUAAAUUUAGAUCAUGAAUAUAAGAUUUUAAAGUGUGAUCUUCUUAAUGAGAAAAAUUAUACGUAUAGUUAAUGAAUCAUCAUAAUAAGAUGAAUAUAACCAUAUUAUGUAAAUCUGAAUUUUUCUUGUUUUCGGAAUUUUUUUUUCUGUAGUAUGAUUACUGAGUCUUGUGAAUUGAACUUUCUAACAGAACUCUAAUUACUCCAAAAUAUUGACUAUACGUAAGUGGAAGGGCUUAUUUGAGAAUGUUUUUUGUAACAACCCAAUUCGUGGAAACUAUCCACCUCCAUGGGCCAAUUAAUCUGCAGGUCAAUUCGUCACAACAUUUCAUAUGGGAAUGUUGUUAAAGAGUGAGCUCUUGGAUUCGAGGAACACCAAGCGCACCAAUAACCUACAUAUAGGAGUCAGUAAAGAUUUGCAUGUGAAGAGUUAGGGCCGAUGUCCUGUAGGGCUAGCCUGAAGCCCACGGGGCGGAUUGUUACAAUAAAAGUCAAUUUUUUUUUUCAUGUGACAACCGUUCCGCGGACACAGGCUCACAGUCCUACAGGACACCGAUCCUAAUUAUCCUUCACAUGUGAAUCUUCACUGACUCCUCCAUGUAGGUUAUUGGUGCGCUUAGCGUUACUCGAACCCAAGACCUCACCCUUUGACAACAUUCUUCAACUGGUAACAGCUUUUUCCUGUGAAAAUAUUGUUAAAGGAUGAAGUCUUGGGUUCAAUAAACUCCAAGCACACUAAAAAUUACGUGGAAAAAUCAAUGAAGACUCACAUGCAGGGGCGAAUGCAGAGAUAUUUUUGAUUGGGUGCACAAUUAAUUUAAAAAUAAAAAACACUAUGUAAAGGAUCGAACCUGGAUAAAUUGUGGGUGCACUAGAGCAUUAUAACCACUUUAUCUAAUAGAAUUACAUUGAUUUUGCUUACAAUUUUUGUAAAAUCAAUAUUUUUAUGGGUGCACCUGCACCCCUAACUCAUAGUGUGGCUUCGUCUCUGCUCACAUGUGAGGAUUUAGGGUCGGUGUUGCUCUGUAAGUCUGGGUCCGUGGAACGGGUUGCUAUAGUUUAUUUUAUUUCAUUAACAAAAAUAGUAUAGACUUAUACCACCUGACUAACUGUUCAUGGUGAAUAAUCGUUUAAUACCUCAUUCGUCAAAUUUUGAAUAAAGUUAAAACUAGAUAUCAUUUCAAUUAGCCAAAUGAAAAUUAAACGAAUCAAGCAUGUUUAAGGUCUCUUUCAUGACUUAACUACAUAGAGAGGAGUAAGAUGAAUCAGCCGCGUCCGAGUAACAAAAACAUAAAAGCUGAUAGUGCUAGAAUGUUGUGAGUUAAAAUUAGUUUAGAUGGUUCAACAAAUCCAAGUAAGAAUUUCACUUGAUUACAUAAUAUUUAAAUUUGGGAGAAAUUUAUGCAAUUAUUAAUCCAAAAUAUCCUAAAUAAGAUAGUUUACAUUACUUUCUGGGUUGCAAAACCUUCCAAACUGUGAUAUAUAGUGACUCUAACUGGUGACCAUUAAAAUAAGAAUAUGAAUGAAUAGGAAAUGAAUGAAUAGGAACAAAAUAAAGGAAUGAAAAUGAAUAUUUAUUCUUUUUGUUCCAUAUCAUUUUUGAUAAGGAAUAUUUUUCUUCUAUAGUUCUCUAAAAUUCAAAAAAUGAUAAGGAAUCAAACGCAGAGAAAAUUCCUCAUAAAUGGUGUAAUUUUUUUAGAAUGAGUAGGAAUUGAUUAUUCCCCUUAAUUUCAUAUUUCACCAUUUGGACCCAUUAUAUUAUGUAAAAAGAGAGGAAUGAACAAAGUCUUUCUUUUUGUUUUUGCUUUUAAGCAAUUUAAUUUUUUCUAUUAUGUUGUAUUAUUUUUGAGUUUGGGUUUUUUCAUAUUAUGUGUAAAUAAUUUUCUUUGUUGAUUAACAAAUUUUACAUUUUAAGAAAAUAAAAAUUUUAAUUUUUUUGGUUUGGCUUUAGAUUUUCCUGAAUGUAUUUAUAUAAGAUUUGAUUGCAUAUUAAUCAGAAAUAUCGUUUACAAAAGCUUUAGCUUCCUAAGCUCUUUCGUCAAUAAAUUGUUUGAAGUCUUUCGGGAAAUCUUAGUUGAUUUUUGUAUAAAUGGUUAUAUGAAAAAGUUGUUAGUAAGAAACUAAAUAAGAUUAUGGCAUAAGCUAUAUAGAAAUCAUUUCUAUCUAUCAUACCGAUGUAAGAGUUUGAAUGUCCAACAUAUUUAGAUAGAAUAAUAGAAUACAUGUAUUAAAUUACAUUAUCCAUUUAAAUUAUUUUGAGAAUGACAUUCCGAAUAUUUCUCGCGUGUCUGAUGUGUAUGGCCGUAUGGGUAAAGUCAUCACACGUUUUUGUAUUGACCAGAAGUAUAAUGACGUUCCAAAUAUUGUGUAGAAUGAUGCUUCUAAUAUUCAACCUAUUAUUGUGAUCUCAUAGUAUAUAUGACUAUAUGUUUUAACACGGACUAAGUGUAGAUAGCUCUAUGGAUUGUUGACUGACCUCUAAAAAGGGAUCGGAACUUGUGAAAUUUUGUUGACAAGAAAAAGUAAUCAUUAAUCAAGAAGAACAUGUCUUGGCGACUUUUGCUUGAAACUCCUUUGCAAUUUCGUGUAUCUUUAAGAAACUAAAUAGGAGUACGGCAUAAACUUCUAUAUAAAAAAGGACACUACUAUCCAUUUUUGUAUCAAUUUAGCUACAGAAAAAAAUUUAAUGGAUACUUUUGUAAUUGUCAUUAUUAUAGUAUGUGCCGGUAUUGUUUUGCCGUCUCUUGUCUUAUGUUGUGUCCUCACACACAGAAAGCAAAGGCCUUUAGUGUCUCAGUCGCGAGAUUUGGAAAUGGGUCAAACGGGAUCAAAAGAUGGAGGACUUGUUGUUUUGACAAGGAAUGUUUCCACUACAGCUACUACGGUAGCUGCGGCUGUGAUCAUCGCAGAUUCUGGCGGUGGGGGCGGCUGUUGUUGUGGAUGUGAUGAUGGUGGAGGCGGAGAUGGAGGAGGAGACGGUGGUGGUUGUGGAGGGUGCGGCGGCUGUGGAGGCUAAGCGGGUUAGGUUGUUGUUGUGGAUGUCAUGGUUUAACCUUUUUCUUUCGUGGUUUAACUAUUAACAUAAUGUAUGUACGGAAUGUAUGACCUCAACGUGUAUAAAUCGAUGUAUAUAGUGAACUGUUCAAAACCUAAUGAAUAUUUAACCUAAAUAUUUUUUUUUUAACAUCAAAACAUUAUUCUAUUACUCGAAUUUGAAGUGGUCCAAAUAACUAUAUUGGAAUAAAACAAUCAACGAAAUACAAUCUCUAUAAAAUACUUUUUCAUCUCAGCUAAUGAAUUUGCUGAAUUGUUUUCUGAUUGGGGGUGGUAUAUAAUUAUGAAGUCUUGAAAUCUUCUUUUAGAACAAGUUACUCUUUCGACUCUGCUGAAAAAGCUUGGCCACGCUCUUGAGUCUGCUAUCAUCAAUAUGAGAUUCUUGGAAUAAGUUUCAAAGCGCUGAAAUGUUGAGUACUCAAACAUAUUUUUCAUUGUCCACUAUGAGAUUCUUGGAAUAAGUUUCAAAGAGAUGAUCAAGAUACUAUCUUUUUCUGAUAUUUUAUGCCCAUAAGUUGAAUCGUACCCAAUAUUUUUUUCUAAAUCUAGCCAUAACCACACAAAAAAAAAUGAAUCAAGAGUCCAUGAUCCAUCCAUCAUAUAAAUAGUCUGAAAGCAUAGUGUAGGUAGCGAAUAUUUUUGUGUGUUGUUGAAGAUAUAUAUGUAUAUCAUACGCACUUAUUUCCAAAUUAGAAAAGGUCUGUAACGUCCAACUUAUGCAAUAUGAAAACUUCCCACAACUACUCCAAUAAUGUCAAGAUAAAAAAAACAACACACACUAAUGAGAUAUAUGUUAGAAUGCAAAUAAGUCAAAUCUAACAAUACUAAAAGUUGGAUAUACUCAACACAGAAGCUGAUUUUUUACCACGUCAUAUCAAUUUAACUCAACACAUCAUUAUUUCUGGGCUUAUAGCAAAUCAAAGUGGCCCAUUAACUGCCCAUCUCGCAUUCAUAGCAAACGAUGCAACUCUUCUGCUCCACCACCAUAUUUUCCGAUUUCUACAAAUCUCCGUUUCAAAGUUCUGAUAAUACAUUCAAUUCACUUCUUUUUGCUCUUAUCUUCUCCUUUCACCUCCCUUUGUUUUUCAUCUUAUAUAACCUCUUUAUUAAUACUUACAUCAAACCACAUUGUAGAAACUCUAUACAAGAAUAUCAAGCUAUGGCCAUGGAAUCGAUUCAUACCUCUGGCAAGUAUUGUAGCCUUAUAAUUUUUUUUAUAGAAUUUUCGAUCCUGAUGGUAAACUGAUUUCUCUUCUGAAGACCAUCUUAACUGGUUCAAGGUUCCAUUUCUACCGGAUUUUGUCAUCUUUUGACGGUGAGGUCCAUAAAAGAGUUCGAGAUAAGUUUUGCAAAGCUGUCACCUUUUAAAAUUGAGUACUGAAUCUGACAGUGUUGUAAUUUUCUUACUUGCUCCAACUCUACUCUGAUUCAUAUACAGAUGCUCUUCGCACCAACAACAGAGAAAUGGUAUGUGUUCUUAUCUCUUGAAAGUUUACUUCAACAAGCAUAUUUGAUCUUAACGAUCCAUAAAUGGUGUAGAAAAUAAAAGUCUUAGAUCAGCUUGCGAGAAAAAUCUUAUUUUAGAAAAAACUAUUCACCAUGUUUCUACAAUCCUUUAAUCAUGUUCAUCGGUUUAGUUCUAUGAAUUAACUCUAAAUCGAUCAGUGAGGUCAAGCUUUAAACUUUUGAAAUAGUGCUUUUUUACCUGCAGUGUACUCAAUGUCUAGCUGAAAAUUUUCAUAAAUCCAAACACUUGGAUUGGUCACAGUAGAAAAAUAGAACAAAGCAUCCUCAACUCGCCAUGGUGGCUGUAAGGUACACUCCAAAGAAUAUCUGCAUAGAGAUAUCAAACCUGAUGAAUUUCCCAUGGGCAUAGUCAGGAAAUCGAACAAAGUUUAUGUAAUUGACUUAGGACUUGCCAAACUAUAUCGUGAUGCCAGCACCAACCGCCACAUCCCUUGCAAGUAUUUUUUACUACCUUGUGAUCCAUUUGUAGAUGCUAAAAUAUAUAUAUCUGUUCUAAGUGGUAAGGUCAUAAUAUGACUUAUUGCCUUUAUU